AUGGCUUCAACUUCCGACAUCCCCAAACUGCAGCCCGCGAACUGGUCAAGCGAACCAGCUCCUCUCGUGGGAUAUCUAAGUCGUAAAGCUCUCCCAAUAAAGCGCAACGACGCAGAACCUCUCACUCGAGAGGACGUCCAGUUCGAUCUCCUUUAUCAUAUAUUCAAUGACAGACACAAAGUUUUCACCCCACAAGCCCCCAGCGAAGACUCUAAGGUUCACUUCUGCGAUCUCUAUGUCAAUGCUUUGUAUACGUCCCAUAAGUGCUCCAAAGUCCUCAAAGACAAGAUGGCCGAGACACCCGCCUUUGCCGUCGAGCUUGGCAAAAUUUCUCUCCUGACCAAUGUGGGGCGCAUCAAUACCACUAUGGCAUUCUUUCCAGAAAUGAAGACAGCUUUACGGACUUAUCACCCGGUACCCUCGCUCCAGAAGACUGAUGGUAAUGCCCAGGAUGCCCCGCGGAUCAAGAAUUGUCUCAAGGCUGCUUUACUGCCUUCUGAGCUUAAGAACAUGCCUCCGUCUACCCCGGAAGAAAUAUUGCACAAGAGCAGGGCCCGUCAACUUCCGUCCACAAGUAUCGUGAAUUUAAUAUUCGUUCUCGCAAACCACGCGGCCCCCCUUGCAAGUACUCACUUCGAUCCGCCCGUGAACUUCCUAGAUCUCUUUUUGCCUGUCAACAUAGCCUCAGCUGACCGCGCCCGCGCAUUUCUAUGGCUCGUAUUUCACUAUUUGGAGGGCCCUGAUCAACCAAACCCGUACGACGACGACUACUCCCGCCAAAAUCCUGGCAAGGUUCCUUGGCUGCGCCGUCUCACAGACGAAGAGAUGGCGCAUGAAAAUGUGGACACACCCGAUGAAAUCGAAUGGGGAAGGGCGAUGUCAGCACAAAGAAAUCUCUUCCUGCAAAAACUCGUCAACUCUAUCGAAAAAGAGAAAAAAACCAAGGCCGCUGCGUCUGUGUCUAGAUUGACUGAGCCCACUUCUGGUCGUCCAAGACCUUUCAGGACACAGCAAGAAGGUACCAGGGACAAACCCUACAUCCAUUAUCUGCCGCCUGCACCGCAGAUUACCCAUUCUGCGACGACCAGAGACUUAGCUACAGUAGCUCUCGUGCACCUCACAGAAAUAUGCUGCAACAUGCAUGGGAGGUCGUUACUUCUACCGAUCCCCUCGCAUGACUCGGAUGAAGAACUACACGAUGAACAUGUUAGACUUGACUACAGCCGGCGUGUCGAUGUCAUUGCUCGAUUGCGUGGGCGACCCCCAUCGCCACCUGCAGAUCAAGUGCCACCAGACAGCAGCACUAGUUCAUACCCACCACCCAGUAGUAUCUCUGAUACCCGUGAACACCGGUGGCGAACGGUGGAGUCGUGGAAGUAG